AUGGUUCAACUCGCCCACAUCUUCAAGAAAGACAAGGAUAAGGAAAAGGAAAAGGAAAAGGAGGAGAAGACGAAACUUAAGGAAAAGAACAAGGAUAAGAUUCGAGACGAUAUUUCAAUAUCUCCUCCAUCAUCACCCAGAGCCUCCUACUCCGCCACGCGCAAAUCACCCUCCAAAAAGUCUUCUUCUUCUCCGAAAAAGUCCCCCUCCAAGACUUCUCCCACCAAAACUCGCUUCUCUCACAGUCACUCUUCUUCCACUUCAACCCCGGCCACUUCUUUUAAAUUCCGUCGGUCUUCGCGAGACCAGGAUCUUCACCCUCUCAAUCUCCCGCCCGACGAACUACAUCGUCGUCUUUCGGCCAUGGCGGACCAGCGCAGUUCCAUGGACAUCGAUACCCCAGAUGUUCAAAUGAAGAAUGGUGGAAGUGGAAAUGAGGAGCGGAGUCCGACUCCUCCUCCACACAAGUCAACUGGCACUUCUGAUGAGGCCGAGUCCUUCAAGUUGGCCGGUAACAAGUUCUUCAAGGAUGGCAACUACAAGCGCGCCAUCGAAGAGUACAACAAGGCCCUCGAGAUUAACCCCAACUCCUCUGCUUUCCUCUCCAACCGUGCCGCCGCCCACAUGUCCGACAGGAACUACCUGAACGCCCUCGAGGACAUCGAGCGAGCCAACGAACUCGACCCCACAAACCCCAAGAUCAUGCACCGCUGGUCCAAGAUCCUGGUAAACCUCGGUCGGCCCACCGAAGCCCUAGACGUUCUCUCCCGGGUCGAACCCCCGGCCACAGCGACCGACCGGGCCCCCGCCGAGAACAUGAUCAAGUUCGUCAAGCAAGCCGAAGACACCCUCGCCGAGGACCGCGGAGGCUCGAUGGCCAUCUUCUGCCUGGACAAUGCCCGCAAGGGCCUGGGUCUGGGCGUCAAGGAGCCCCGGAAGUGGACGCUGCUGACCGCCGAGGCGCAGCUGAAGAUGAACAACAGCAACUCCCUAGGCAAGGCCCAGGAUAUCGCCAUCCAACUCCUGCGCGAGAACAGCCAAGACCCAGAUGCCAUGAUGCUGCGCGCACGGGCCUUCUAUGCCUCCGGCGAGACCGACCAGGCGCUCAAGCUGCUGAAGAUGUGCCUCGGGCUGGACCCGGAUAUGAAGCAGGCGAUCAAGCUCCUCCGCAUUGUUCAGAAGCUCAGCCGCACAAAGGACGAGGGCAAUGCCGCCUUCAAGGCUAAGGAUUACCGCCGCGCUAUCGAUCUCUACACCCAGGCUCUGGAAGUCGACCCCGCCAACAAGGAUAUGAAUGCCAAGAUUCUGCAGAAUCGUGCCCAGGCCUACAACAGUCUGAAGGAGUACGAGUCCGCUGUGCAAGAUUGUACAGAGGCUCUGCGUCUGGACCCUGGUUACGUCAAGGCGAUGAAGGUUCGUGCCAAGGCGCAUGCUGGUAACGAGAACUGGGAGGAGGCCAUUCGCGAUUAUAAGAGUGUUGCCGAGAACAACCCCAGUGAAAGGGGCAUUGCUGAGGAGAUCCGUCGUGCUGAGUUCGAGCUGAAGAAGUCUCAGCGUAAGGACUACUAUAAGAUUCUUGGGGUUGGCAAGGAUGCCUCUGAGCAGGAGAUCAAGAAGGCCUACCGCAAGCUGGCCAUCCAGUAUCACCCCGAUAAGAACCGGGAUGGCGAGGCUGGCGAUGAGAAAUUCAAGGAGAUCGGCGAGGCCUACGAGACUCUGAUUGACCCUCAGAAGAAGGCCGCUUACGAUAACGGAGAUGAUCUCAUGGACCCCGCUGACAUGUUCGGUGGCGGCGGUGGUUUUGGCGGCAUGGGAGGCAUGGGAGGAAUGGGUGGUAUGGGCGGUAUGGGUGGCAUGCAUGGCUCCCACGUCAACAUCGACCCCAACAUCCUCUUCAACAUGAUGAACGGCGGCGGCGGUGGUGGCUUCGCCUCUGCCGGUGGUAACCCCUUUGGAGGCCAGGCUCGAGGCGGCGGUGGCCAAGGAUUCCCCGGUGGAUUCCCCUUCUAA